GAAAGCAGUUAUUGAUCCUAUAACAUGGAGGAUUGCCUUCAUACCUCUUCUGAAAACCUUUCCAAACUGGUCAGCUGGGCCCACAGCCAUGGGACCAUCUGCAGCCUCAUUCCAAAUCUAAAGCACUUGCUUUCGGAGGGUUCCCAUGGCAACCUGACAGCGAUGUGGGGCUGUAGCGCUGGUCAUGCAUAUCAUUGGCCACUGACGGCUACCUGCAGGGCUGGGUCCCAGGAAAGAGUAUGCUUCCAGGACAACAGAAGCUUCAACUCGGACAGUCCCAGCAUUAUAGGUGUGCCCUCAGAGACACAAACUAGCCCAGGAGAGAGGUACCCCGGGAGACCAGUGAAAGCCAAGUUGGAUUGUAACCGAACCAGAGACUCCUGUGAUUUCUCAUACUGCAGUGAGCCUUCAGAGCUAGACGAAGCUGUGGAAGAAUACGAAGACGAGGCUACUCUCUUUGAUAUGGUCUGCGAGUCCUCAGUGACAGAUGAGGAUAGUGACUUUGAACCUCAUACCCAAAGAUCUCAAUCCAUUUCCCGCAAAAGGCCAGGAGCGGGCCAAUCCUCGUCGUCUCUUUCAGGCUCCCAGUCUCAGGUCAUUGACGAAAGCAGUGACAACGUGAUCGUCAAGAAGAUUAAGCAAGAAAUCCCUGAAGAUUAUUAUAUUGUGGCUAAUGCAGAACUUACUGGGGGCAUCGAUGGACCUGCAUUAUCGCUGACGCAAAUGUCAAAACCCAAGCCUCAGUCUCAUGCUGGACCUUCCUGUGUUGGCCCCUCCAAACCCACUCCCGCUGUAGCCCCUUCUCUCAGUGCUGAGCUGGACUUACGAAACGUGUCUGCUUCUCCCCCUGUCAUAUCGAGGCCUGCAGCUCAGAAGCCCACCAGAGUAACUCUGGCUUCCCCCAACAGGGGGCCCGCUAGCACCCCUACUGCCAACCAACAAGUAGCACUCCAGAUGCCAGUCAGUACUUCCAGUACCAGCAAACAGAUUAGCAUUCCUUUGUCAGCCCUCCAGCUCCCUGGACAGGAAGAGCAAGUUGCUUCAGAAGACCUCCUCCAACCCGUGCCAAAUCAGGUCCCAGCCUCCGAAGUAGCAUUGUCUCCCUCAAUUAGCGCGGAGCCGGAAGUCAGCUCUAGUCAGCAGCAACACAACACAGCUCCUGCCAACACCGCAGAGGCAACAGCCCAGUCAAUACCAGCAUACUCGACCAAACUCAACAAAUUUCCUGUCUUCAAUUUUGACGACGACCUGAAGUAUCUGUGUAUCAGCGCGGUGAGCCCGAACACUACGAAAGCUACUCUCUAUGCUCUAAACGUGUGGAGAUACUGGUGCAUGACAAAAGGACUUAAAGACUACAUGGACAUCACUAAGAUCCCAGCUAUGAAGCUGAAUGAACUCCUUGAGGACUUCUACAUUACUGUGAAGAAAACAGAUGGAUCAGACUUCCUAGCCACGUCCCUGCAUGCUAUCCGCCGAGGCCUGGACCGGAUUUUGAAGAAUGCUGGGGUGGGAUUUUCCAUCACCAGCAGCACCUUCACUUCCUCCACCAAAAAGCUGAAGGAGAAACUCCGGGUGCUCAGCAAGGCUGGGAUGUCUGGCGCUCGCUCUCGCAACAUUGUUUACUUCUCCCUGUCCGAUGAAGAAGAGAUGUGGAGAACGGGAUGCUUGGGUGAUGAGAGUCCAGUUGCUCUACUGUCCACUGUGGUGAAAUACAACAGCCAGUACCUCAACAUGAGGACUUUGCAGGAGCAUGCAGACUUAAUGUACGGGGACAUUGAACUACUCAAAGAUUCGCAAAACAGGCCCUUUUUUGCCCGAACAGACAGUGUAAAACGAGAACACAGGGUGAGCUCCAACAAAGUGUGUUAUGGCCAGAUAUACCACGAGCACUCCAAAGGACACAAGUUGUGUCCCUACUGCCUCCUUUAUAAGUACAUGUACAUCCACCGGCCCCCAACCCAGAUGGAAGCCAAGUCUCCUUUCUACCUGACUGCCCGGAAGGAGAUUAGCGGCAUGGGAAACGUGUGGUACGAGGAACAAAGGAUGGGUCUCCGCUCCCUGAGGGGGGUUGUCCCAAAGCUGGCUAAAAAAGUCAAACUUGACCACUGUGAAAACUUCACUUUUGUUUCAUUCACUCAGGCUUCCAGAAAGUUUGGCUCUCUGAACUCCUAUCAACAAGUCUGACAUCCGUGUUCCAACGCCAUCCAUUUGUUCAGUCAGUUGGACAAGAAGGGGACUUCUUUCAGUAGCCAGAUCUCUAUAGACAUCAGAAAGAUGCUGACCUGCUAACAACUCGCUUUGAUCCUGAUUGAAGCAGCUGCUACUGAGAAAAAAAUGAGCUCUUUUCCAAAUGAAUGUUAAUAUAUAUUCUAUUACGGAGACAAUAUACUGCAGCAUAUACAAGAAUACUACAAGAGUGAGGAAAUCAGUUAAUUACAGUGCCUUUUAGCACAGGUUUUUCUCAACAGCUACCACGUUAAAUUGGUCCAGAAAUAAAACUCCCAGUAGGUCAGUAGCUUUAGUACAUUGUGAAAAAAGUAAGUUGCUAUUGAAUAAUAAUUUUCAGAACUGGAAAGAGAGAUUGGCAGAUACAUUAACUAUUUCCUGGGGAAAUAUUGUUUUUUGUUUGGUUGAUGGAUAGAGCCUACUUUGGACAAGUAAGCAACGUGACGUCAGGGAAGAUCCUGCUUAUGGCAGCUCUCUGUGGUGGUUGUCACCUGCUCUCCAUUGUCAGCUGGGGCAAUUUUAUGAAGUCAGAUUCAUGUACAAACAAGCUUUUGAGAACUAUAUGUCCCACGCAGUGGGUGACCUGUGCGAUCGUGGGUUUUUCUCCCAAGUCGGGCUUGGAUGAAGGGAGCUAUUAUCAAAGACUGGUAACUCUUGAAGCAGAAGUGCCUAUGUUUUAUUUCAUAGUUACCAUACAAAGGUUAUUUUCUUGUGAACCGUUCUUAGAUUUUUCCCAUCUGGGUUUCAUACCAUGAAGAUGGAUAUUUUUCCAAUAUACAGCAAUUUACACUGGAUCUGUAAAUAUUGCUAGUGGUGAUUCCUGGAUUUAUUGAACAACAAACAAACAUGGUUACAGCAUCAUCUGAGGACAGCUUUUUCAGACAUUCAUUUAUAAAGUUAAGUCUUCAUUCUUAGAAAAUGCCAACUAGUGAUUUUGGGUGCCCUGCUUUUGAGACCCCCAAAAGGAUCUGAUUUCAGAGGAUGCUUACUCAGCAUUGUCUGAAAGUCAGGUUCCUUUAAAUUGUCUCAAGUUGGGCACCCAAACACUCAAAAUCACUAGUCAUUUUUGUAAAAUUUUGGUCUAAACUUUCAGGGUUCAAUCCAGCUGCCAUUAAAGUCAAUGGGAAGAUCCCUAUGGACUGAAAUGGGAGGCUUAGCGAGUCCUUAUGUCAUAAGAAGAUACAUCAUGGAAGACCUGCACCUAUUUUAGGGAAGUCGGAGUUUUACCAUGCAUGGCUCAUUGUUCUAAUACAAAUGAUCCGGCUGUCAUCUUCCAAUAUAUCACAAAGCUGUGACAUUAUUAUGGAAUCAGGGGACAUAUCAAGCAAAUGACAGAAGCAUUUGUAUACCAAGAUUGUGUUACGCCUUUAAAUCAUAGCUCAAGACCUAUAGUUACGUGAAUACAAAUAGUAAAAAAAAAAAUCUGGCUUUAUUUUUGGAAGAUUCACCCUCACGUUGCUAGUACAUUUCUAGCAAGAACUUGAUUUCUAGUAUGUUAAUUAUCCAUGAGUUCUAAAAUAUAGUUUUACUUUUGUAUUUUAAAUGUGUGCGCACAGCAUUAAAGGUUGUUUUAGUUUUAAGAAAGUCAUUCACUGGAUCAGGAAAGCUAGAGCAGCGUUAGCAAGGGAAAUAUUUGUCAUAAGCAGUGUAGCUUAUUUUCCUCCUUCUGUUCCUUACUAAGGACCUGAUCCUGUAGGGCCCAAGUACCCUUCACUCCCACUAGUCUGCAGGGCGAGUUGAAGAUGUUCAUGACUAGUCAUGAUCAGAUUCCUAGUAAAUGUAGUGGGAGAGCUGUUAGGACCUUUGGUUACGCUGUUUUUCUUUCAGAGACGUGUACAAUGUAGCGUGAUGUAUAUUUCGGAGUACUGUUGGUGCUGAUGUCUAAAAGAAAACCUGCAUUUCUCUAAACACUGUACCUCUUCUGAGUUUACAUCAUUCUCUUUUAUUUGGCUGACUCUGGGAAAGGGAAUUUCAGAUUUGUCAGUUCUCUGAAGCUAAUCUUCAUGUAGGAGUCUGGCCCGUAAGUGACUGUAUAUGCAGUUACGCUGUAGCAUCACAAAGGCAUUAUAGCAAAUAGCUGGACAUUACUGGAAAAAGCAAACGCUCUAUUUAUAUAGUAGGGUUAUUUUUCCUUUGAAAGAGUUUUUUGUUUUGUUUUGUUGUUUUUGGCUCUCAUAUCCACCUUGCACCUUUUGUGCAGUCAGUUGCGCCUCUACACAGUCAGUGCAAAAUACUGACAGAUUAGUAGCAUAGUACACCUCUGCCCAGAUAGAAAUGGUACCCCAAGGUUCAGGGCAGGGCUGAAGAAUUUACUCUUGGAAACGUCAGUUUUAAUGGCAAAGUUUUCAAAUCUAGGUGUGUAAAGUCCAGCUUUUCAAUCCACAACCAGCACCUAACUCGGUGGCCUAAUCUUCAAAGAUACUGCACUUCUGCAGCUCCCUUGAGAGCUGAUGUUGCUCUGCAAUUUCCAGGAUCAGGCACUGGGAGAAAACGUCACUAUUAAAAGUAUUAGGGGAGAGAUUUCCAAUUGCACAAAGGGACAGUAGGUUCCCAUUGACUUUCACCUAAUUCUCCUUUUUGCCUUGGAAACUCUCACCUAUGCAGUCUAGUUGCAUUAGUGGAAUGGAAGCUUUUGUUCUUCAGUUCUUUGCUUAAUAUAAAAUCUGCGUUAGUUAUAACUGAACACCAGUUUCUUUGCCCAUUAGUGGAUAAGGCUGAAUAUUUGCACUGAGCUAAAUGUGACUGCUUAUAGCAGAAUUUGGUUAACAUUUUGUUAAUUCCCUUCAGAACUCCCUUGGGACAGAAAAAUUGCAUUUCAUUACUGUGUUCUAGAACUCUCUCCAUCAAGAGAAACUAAUUCACAAGUAUUAUCUGAUAAGGAAAAAUCCUACUUCUUUGCUUUGAAAGUGAUUAGUGCUAAUAAUUUUUUUUAGUACUAGUAUAGAUUUCUCCCUCCCCACACACUCAUACAAAACUCAUGGCAUUAAUAGCCAUAAUUUGAAUUAAAUGAUGUUCCUCUGUCCUACCAUGUGAACCUGUAUUAUCCAAGGAAAGUAUUUAUCCUGUUUCUGAUCUGCUAGCAGUGAAGAUAAGCUUUUUGUGUUUUGCAAACUUUGGUAUUAUCUACAUUUGAAAAGCAAACAGAGCAGUAAAGGCCAUAUAAGCUCAAACUGGCAGUGAAUCACCCAGCGUGUUAUCCUGCCUUUAGCCUAUCCAUCUGAUACCUGACACUUCAGAGAACUUCACCCAUAAUGCCCCUGUGUACCACUAAGCUUUUUCUAGAGAUUGUGUGAGAAAACGCUACCCUAUGAACUGAAAAAAAAAUUACCUAAUGCUUUUGUGAAGGAAAAUCUGUCUUGAUCUUGUUUAACAAUGUCUUUUUUUAUGUUCUUAUGUUAGACAGUUUUGUGGCUCUGUUCUGAUUUAUUAUCAGUAUUUGCUCUGAAAUAAAAGCAAUAUUCAUCUUUGCAAAAUCUGAAAAGUGACUAAAUAUUUCAGAAUCUCUAGGGGUUUUUAAGCAGAAUCUCUAGGGGUUUUUUCUUUUGAUAGUUUAUAAUCAAUUUUAAAAAAUUAUUUGCUUAUUCCCUAAAGUUUCUCUGUGGUACAGUCAGUAAAAGAUUUUCAUUUUGUCUUUUAACCUUUAGAAUUAAUGAUACUGGA